AUGGAGAAUCGAUAUAAUAAUACAGAUCAGAUCAUACAGAGACUCACAACGCUUUCAGCCCAAGCUAUGGAGUCUAUUGUAGCUCUUAGGAAAGAAAUUUAUCAAUUACUUCAAGAAAGAAGUAAAAUGACUAUUCAUCUAACCCAAUAUCAACUCGAUUAUCAGAAAAUGCAAGAAUUUUAUAACAGAUACAAACAAAUUAUUCCCCGAGAAAUAGCCCAAAUGAAUUCGAUGCGAUAUCAAAAUAUUCAACAAGAAAAGCGCUAUACACCACCUCCUCAAAAACAUCAAACAACACCAGUCAAGCCAGAAGUAAAACCAACUCCCAUUCCAGUAGAACAGAAACCAACUCAAAUAGAAUCGACAAAAAUGUCAAAUUCCGACUUUAAUUGGAGUUUUCAAUCAACAGGGUCAAAACAAUAUAAAAUAUCAUUAAAGUAUUAUAUUGAUGUAGGAAAUAUUAUAACAUCCGUGCAAUACGAUCCUACGGGCAAAUUUAUCGCUUUUGCCGACAACAGAAACAUUCAAGUCAUAGAUACUACAAAGCGGGCUCCUUAUUUUGUUUUAGAAAUUCCUCAUCCACAAGGCUGCUGCGACUUUCAUACAAGAAUUCUUCGAUUUUCACCUGAUGGAAAAUUAAUUGCUGUAAGUACAUCAGGUUCACAAAUCGCUAUAUUCUCAAUGGAAACAAGAUCUGUGAUUGGCAUAUUAGAAGGCCAUACAAAAAACGUUUCUUCGUUGGCUUUUCUUCAUGAUGGAAAAACUCUUAUUUCUGGCGGCCACGAUGGCAAUAUAAUAAUUUGGGAUACGAAUACCCUCAAGUCAGUUAAUAAAAUUUCCCAUGAAUUACAGAACGGAUCCAAUGAACAUAUGAUUAUCUCAAUUGCAGUCACAGCAGAGGACAAAUUCGUCGCUGUUGGGUUUAUGAAUAAGACUAUAGGCAUUUACGAACCUACAUUCAAGCAGCCGAUGAGAACUUUCAAAGCUCAUGACGAAUUCAUUCUCAGUAUCAUCGCUGCUCCACAAAAAUCGAUUAUAUGCACGACCUCGCAUGAUUACACAGCAAAAAUAUGGAAUUUGCAUGACACUUCGAAACCAUUGACGACUUUGACCGGCCACACAAGUUUUGUCAUCAAUUCAGCGUUCUCCCCACAGAUAAAUAGCCAUAUUGCGUUGACUGGAUCGAAGGACGAAACAAUCCGCGGUUGGGAUUAUUCAACCGGCGAAAUGUUGUUUGUUAUUAGUCCUUGCAGCAACACAAUAUUUAGUGUUGACCACCACUGCACAGAGAGGGAGUUCGUUUCCUGCUCCGGCGGAGGAAUGGUUUGCGUCUGGGAAUAUUCUUGA